AAAAGACGUUUAUUCUGCAUUGAAUUUAAUUAAAUUCGUUUUUCGAGCAUAUAAUAUAAUUAUUUAAUUUAUUAAUAUGUCCCAAUUUCUGAACAACGAGGCCGAGGAAUCAGAAGACGAGGAGGAGUUGAGCGUGCACGAGCGCAAGAAACUAAAGCAGCUGAAAGCCGCCGGAGGGGACAGUAGCGAGGAGGAGGAAGACGACGACGAGCGACUGCGGGAGGAGCUGAAGGAUCUGAUCGACGACGAUCCCAUCGAGGAAGACGAUGGGAGUGACGACGACGACGGCAGGGACGGCAAAAAGCGGAAAAGGGAAGAGAAUCGGCUGGAAGACGAUGAUUUCGAUUUGAUUGAGGAAAACUUGGGCGUGAAAGUCAAUCGAAAGAAACGAUUUAAACGUCUGCUGCGCCAGGACAACGAUAGCGACGGCGAGGAGGAACUCGUGGACGAAUUCGAUGGGGUCGAUGAGGUGGAUGAAGACUCCGAUGAAGGGGAUUACGAAUCGGAUCCGGAUGACUUUAUCGUAGACGACAACGAUCAGCCAAUAACCGAAAGGAAAAAGAAGCGGCCUUCCAUCUUUUCAGAUGCGUGCCUCCAAGAGGGUCAGGAUAUUUUUGGUGUCGACUUCGAUUACGAUGAGUUCUCCAAGUACGAGGAUGACUCUGAUGGCUACGACUACGACGAUGAGUUUGUCGAUGGGGGUGAAGGACGGGUCAAGAAAAAGGGCCAUAAGAAGAAAGGGCCCACAAAGACGAUAUUUGACAUUUAUGAGCCGGCCGAAUUGAGGCGUGGCUACUUCACCGACGUGGACGAUACAAUCCGUAAUACGGACAUACCCGAGCGUAUGCAACUUCGUGAGGUGCCGGUGACCCCGGUACCGGAGGGAUCCCUUGAGCUGGACGAAGAGGCUGAGUGGAUCUAUCGAUUCGCCUUCUGCAAGAAGACCGUUUCCGAGCAGGUGAAGGGCGGCAAUAGAAAGAAUUUGCGGAUGCCCGAGUCAGCUAUAAGCAAGAUUAAACAGACCCUGGACUUUAUCCGGAACCAGCAUAUGGAGGUUCCCUUUAUCGCCUUCUACCGAAAGGAGUACGUGAAGCCGGAGCUGAACAUCGACGACCUGUGGCAAGUGUAUCAUUUUGACGGACGCUGGUGUCAGCUCAUCGAACGGAAGCGAAAGCUAAAGGCUCUCUUCGAAAAGAUGCGCACGUUUCAGUUGGACACCCUCUGCGCCGAUCUGGAGAAGCCGCUGCCGGACGACAUCCGACUGAUUCAGGACAGCGAUUUUGAGCGCCUGGCCGAAGUGCAGUCGAUGGAGGAGUUGAAGGACGUCCACAUUUACUUCCUUCUGAACUAUUCCCAUGAGCUGCCCCUCAUGCAGGCCGAGCAGCGACGCAAGCUGUUGCAGGAGCGGAGCGAGGCCAUGGCCCUCCGCCAGGCUGCUUCCGCGGAGAACGGAGCCGAGGGUGCGGAUGGAGCUGCGGUCACGAUCCAGGAUCCCAAAGAGGGCGCUGAUCCGACGCCGGUCGACGAACAACUAAAACCGGCGCACAACAACAGUCAGUACACGGUUUUCCGAAAGGCGGGAUUCUGUGGAUUUGCCAAGCAUUUUGGUCUCACGCCGGAACAGUUUGCGGAGAACCUGCGCGACAACUACCAGCGCAACGAAGUCACCCAGGUGAGCCUCAGUCCCACGGAGUUGGCCAAGAAUUAUCUAUCGCCGCGAUUCAGGACCGUGGACGAUGUCCUGCAUGGCGUCAAGUAUGUUGUCGCCCGGCAGCUGGCCCUGGAGCCGUUGCUGCGGAAAACGGUGCGCGAGGUGUACUUCGAUCGGGCGCGCAUCAACAUCCGACCGACAAAAAACGGCAAAGCACUUAUCGACGAGACCUCCCCGGUAUACCCCAUGAAGUAUGUGGCCAAGAAGCCGGUGAGUAAUCUUUUCGGUGACCAGUUCAUCAAACUGCUGAUGGCCGAGGAGGAGAAACUGCUGGAGAUUACCUUCUUGGAGGAGUUCGAGGGCAAUGUAACUGCCAACGGCUCGCCCGGUGAUUAUGUUGAGGAGGCCAUGACCCUCUACCACCUCGAUCAGUUCUCCAAGCAUGUCCUCGAAUGGAAUGCCCUGCGCGCCGAGUGCGUCAAUCUGGCGCUGAAGAAGUGGGUCAUACCCGAUCUGAUCAAGGAGCUUCGUGCCACCCUGCACGAGGAGGCGCAACAGUUUGUGUUGCGUUGCUGCACCGCCAAGCUCUACAAGUGGCUCCAGGUGGCGCCCUACAAGCCGGAAAUUCCGUCCGACUACAGCUACGAGGAGUGGGGCUCGUUGCUUGGCAUCCGGGUACUGUCCCUGGCCUACGACACGGACCUGUCGGUGGCAGCUUUCUGCGCCGUCACCACGGUGGAGGGUGACAUAUCCGACUAUCUCCGGCUGCCCCACAUCCUCAAGCGCAAGUACUCGUACAAUGCGGAGGAGAAGUCACAAAAGCUGAACGAUCUUCGAAAGCUGAGAGAUUUCAUUAAAAUGAAGAAGCCGCAUGUGGUGGUGAUUGGUGCGGAGAGCCGGGAUGCUCUGGCCAUUCAGACGGACAUAAGAGAGAUCCUCAAGGAGCUGGAGACCUCGGAAGAGUUUCCACCCAUCGAAGUGGAGCUAAUCGACAACCAGCUCGCCAAGAUUUAUGCCAAUUCCAAGAAGGGCGAGUCGGACUUCAAGGAGUAUCCCGCUAUGCUGAAGCAGGCCAUAUCACUGGCCCGCAAGAUGCAUGAUCCAUUGGUGGAGUACUCCCAGCUGUGCAAUGCCGACGACGAUAUCCUCUGCUUGCGUUACCAUCCGUUGCAGGAGCGAGUGCCCCGCGAACAGCUGCUCGAGAAGCUCAGCCUGGAGUUCAUCAACCGGACCAACGAGGUGGGCGUAGACAUCAAUCUGAUGGUUCAGAGUCCCCGGACGCUUAACCUGCUGCAGUACAUUUGUGGACUUGGACCGCGCAAGGGCCAGUCGAUACUGAGGAUGCUCAAGCUGAGCACCCAGCGCCUGGAGAACCGCAACCAACUGGUCACUUCCUGCCAUUUGGGACCAACGAUUUUUAUAAAUUGUAGCGGCUUCAUCAAGAUCGAUACCGCGUCGAUGGGCUACAGCACAGAGUCAUAUGUGGAGGUGCUGGACGGAUCGCGUGUCCAUCCCGAGACGUACGAGUGGGCCCGCAAAAUGGCCAGCGAUGCCGUGGAUGCCGACGACGAUAUGAAUUCGGCCAGUGCACUCGAUGAGAUUCUCGAGUCUCCGGAACGCCUCAAGGAUCUCGAUCUGGACACAUUUGCCAAGGAUCUGGAGCGUCAAGGAUUCGGCAGCAAAAACAUAACCCUGUACAACAUACGUGACGAGCUAUCUUGUAUGUACAAGGACCAUCGGACGCCGUACACCAAGCCCAGGGCCGAAGAGCUCUUCGACAUGCUGACCAAAGAGACCCCGAAUUCGUUCUACGUGGGCAAGUGUGUCACGGCCAUGGUGACGGGCUUUACGUACCGUCGGCCCCAGGGCGAGCAGCUCGACAACGCCAAUCCGGUGCGUAUCGAGGCGAGCGGCAAGUGGCAGUGUCCCUUCUGUCGCAAGGCUGACUUCCCUGAACUGUCCGAGGUGUGGAUUCAUUUCGAUUCCAAUAAAUGUCUCGGCCAGGCGUUUGGUGUGAGAGUGCGACUGGAGAACGGUCUGCCAGGCUUUAUUCACAUCAGGAAUCUGUGCGACAGGCAGGUGCGCAAUCCCGAGGAUCAUGUCCGCGUCUCCCAGGCUAUCCAUGUGCGAAUCAUCAGAAUAGACAUUGAACGGUUCUCGGUAAACUGCUCCGCAAAGACGGCGGACCUCAACGACGUGAACAACGAGUGGCGGCCGAGACGGGACGCCUUCUACGACUUCGUCACGGAGGAGCAGGACAACCAGAAGGCCAUCGAUGCCAAGACUAAGGCGCUGAAGUCCAAGACAUACGCCCGUCGGGUAAUAGCGCAUCCCAGCUUUUUCAACAAGACGUAUGCCGAGGUGGUGGCCAUGCUGGCGCAGGCCGAACAGGGUGAGGUGGCACUGCGGCCCAGCAGCAAGGCCACGGACCAUCUGACGGCCACGUGGAAGGUGGCCGACGACAUCUUCCAACAUAUCGAUGUGCGCGAAGAGAACAAGGAGAACGAGUAUAGCCUGGGCCGGAGUCUGUGGAUCGGCACCGAGCAGUUUGAGGAUCUGGACGAAAUCAUUGCCCGUUACAUCACCCCCAUGGCCCUGGCCGCCCGGGAGCUGAUCCAGUACAAGUACUACAAGCCCAACACGACCCCCGUGAAUGGAAAUGAAUAUAAUUUUAUGGAGCGAAUCCUGCUCAAUGAGCAGAAACGGGAUCCGAUGAAAAUCCAUUACUUCUUCACCGCCUCGCGCAACAUUCCUGGCCAGUUCCUGCUCUCCUACAUCCCCAAAACGAACGUGAUGCACGAGUACGUGACUGUGACGCCGGAGGGAUAUCGGUUCCGAAGCCAGGUCUUCCACUCGGUCAACAGCUUGGUGUGCUGGUUUAAGGAGCACUGGCAGGACCCGACGGCCUCCCCAGCCAUGAACUCUCUCAGUGAUUCCAGCUCGACACCGUAUAAGAAUAGUCAUAGCAUGCGCCCACCUGGUUCAGUUUCCGGUUCCAAGGCCCCAUACAGCAUAACAGGCAGUAUUAGUAGUUCCGGCGGUGGCGACUCUAGCGGCUACACCAAAGCUCGGACCACCGUUGGGUAUGGCUCGUCGCCCAUUGGAUCUGCUGCUGCAACGGCAGCUUAUUACGGCGGCUCCUCCACGCCCUGGUACGGGGGCAACACCAACACCACCCCGUACACGCCCAGCGGCCAGACGCCGUUCAUGACGCCCUACACGCCGUUCAUGACGCCCUAUACGCCGUUCCCGACACCCUACACACCGCAUGCCUCCCAAACGCCCCGCUACAGCCACGGAGUGCUCAGCCCAAUCUCGCAGUCGUCCAGCAGCCAGCAGGGUCAUCAAUACGGCGGAUCCGGUCGCGGUGUUACGCCCAGGUACGAGACGAGUGGCAGCGGCAGAAACUCCAUUUCCAACUAUAUCUAUCAACGGGAUAAAGUCAACCUGGACUGGCCGCUGCCCAACGAUUUCUGGACCAGUCACCAGCAGCAACAACAAGAGCAACCGAUCGGAGGCAUUGACAUGGUCCUGGGCUUGGAAAUGAGCUCGGGCGGAGGUGGAGUAGAAGGAGGAGGUGGCUAUGGCAAGGACUACAGCAGCAGCAGUAACACGGGACACGAUGCCUCGGCGGUUCCCUUGAAGUCGUCACUUCGCAGUAUGCCCGGCACGAGUACUACGCCCUAUUAG